AUGGCCGCCACACCAGGGUCAACGCGUACUAUGCCUACAUCCUUCGAGCUCCUGAUCACUUGCAACCCUCCAAUCCUCGAGUCGCUGCUCGCACAAGUGCCGACGGAGACCAUCUUCCGACUCUACCAGACCUCAUCCUUCUUACGGGCCUUCUUCUCCAAUUCUCCGACAUCAUGGCGGUACAUCUCAUGGCGUCUGUAUCAACCAGCACCCAAUCCGCUACCGGUGACCCUCGCUGCAGGGGCCCCGAACGGCAUUCGCCAGACAAGCAGUUAUGCACUGGAUCAAAUACUCCUCAACAUCAUAAACCCUUUCAGCACAAGACUGGUCAGCCUGGAAUUGGAUAAUACCGCAGUCAGUGGCGCAACCUUGACCUCGACGGUUCUCAUCUUGAGGAGAGAUACUCUACUGCAUGUGUCGGUGCGGGGCUGCAAGAACGUAUCGUUGAAAUACCAUAUCAAUCCAUGGCUACAGAUGCAUGCACUGGCUAGAGAGUCUACAGCCUCCCGGGGCCCGCUUGGCUUCGAGACGCUUGCGCUGCAGAGUCUGUAUACCUAUAGGUGCCGGCAUCAUAGGAGACGACCGUAUCUACCAAGCAGCUUGGCGCGCAAGGAAAGUGACAGUGAGCCUACGCAUGAACUGGUCCUGACCUGUCAUAAACUCGGAAUCUGGACAGAUACUGCCUGGUGCACUACUCCAGGGGCACGAUGUUACCGCAGACGAGGCUAUGUCAAGAUGAGGAUGCCGCAGGAUCCACGUGAGGUGUGGGUGGUUUAUGAUCGCUUAUGGAGAAGCCGAAACUGGCUGGGUCCCGUUGAACAGUCCCAAGCAUUGAGUGACGCUCCCGGGCGAAAACGGAAACGUGAUUGCAGAAGCUGGGAAUUCGAUGAAGAGGCGAUCAAUGGGGAGGUCAUCGGAACCGGCCUUGAGGGCAAGGCCACGCCUGCGCAUCUCCGUGAUUCUCACAAAAUGUUUGUUGAGAACAUCACCUGCCACAAUUGCUCGGCGGAGAUACUUGAGAGGUGUGAACAGUGCUCGGUGAUGAUGCAUUGUUCGGGGUGCAGGAAAACGCUCUGUGCCAGUUGCGCUUUUGACCGUCCAUACUUGCGUAACAAGAACGCACCCGAAGAGGAGAAGAACAAAUUCUGGUGGGCGCCUGGAUGUGCGGUUUCCCCUUGCUCCAUGCAGGACCAGGAUCUGCCUCACAAUGCCGGAGCCAACGGUGGUAUGAUCAGUGUCCUUCCAAACAUCAAGUUCAAAUGGUGUUGCACCGAGCCAGUGUUCUCGGGUGGAGGGGGCAUAACGUUUGGCAACAGUUCCAGUCGAGAAACCGACCGCAUUCGCGCAGCGCCACUUCCCCGAGGACAGGGGUGGGAAGAUCCUGAAUUCGACCCUCACCGACCAGACAUGGGAUUGUUUGCCGGCGCAACCUUGGGCAGUUCUCCGCAAAGCCAAACCAAAGCAGGCCCCGGAGGCCGUUGGUCUUCGAUUGAUAGCCUUUUCCAGACAGUGGCUGCUUUGAACGCGGGAGACCAUCACUCCGUCCCAGUACCCCGGGUCCUGUGCGAUGAAUGUUAUAACUCGGAGCAAUGGAAGGUCAAAUGCAAGGCUUGUUCGACGGCGCUUUGUCUGAGACAUGACAUUGGUGACCGAGCUAGGGCAAGAAUCUGCGGAUAUAAAGAUCUGGCAGUCGAGAAACAAGAAUACAAGUCCCGCCAAAAAGCGCUCAAAUUGCUAACGACGCUCAUGCGCCAGCGCAAGGAAAUGUUACCGCGAAAGCCUGUCAAGGCUGAGCGCAGUUCGAAAGGAAGCACAAACACUUGCGAUACUUCCAUAUCACAUCCUUCGUCAUCUACAUCAGUGCCACCACAACACAUGCCGCAACAUCAACUAGGAAGUAGCGAAGGCUCCGCACGAGAGGCGGCUUUCUUGAACACCGAGGUGGGACAAUUCUUGAGGAAUUUGCGGGCUCCUUUGGCGGAGAUAGAUCUGCCUCGUCGACCUCUCUCUCCAGCUUCCAGCAGUACCGGGCCACUGUCCCGCCCAACAUCCCCCGCACCUUCGACACAUUCGGUGCCACCUGUUGUCGAAUCAAAGGCUGACCCCAAUGACCACCACUCUUCCGACGUACCGUCUAUUCCCAAAUGGCAAGGCUGCCAUGCCUUCUUCUGUCCCACAAUCCGUGCCCCGGGAGACCACAGAAGACGGUGCACCGCAUCGAUGAGGCAAUGCGUCGAAUGCAAGAUCAAUGUUUGUGGUGACUGCAUUACCACACUCGAUCCUCCGUGUCCCUGCAAAGGAUGUCAAGCUCCACAGGCGGAAGGCGGCAGAACCACCGUGACUUUAACAAUCACGUCUCACAACACCACCUUGACGGCGGAAGGUCCCCCAUUUUUCUGCCCAAAUUGUCGGUGGCACAGAAUGUUGACGGGCAAAUGCAAGAGGAAGUCAGAAAUGUUUCUUCGCGCGCAAUCGGCUUCCCAGAAGUUAAAGCAACGGAGAAGACGAAAGGACAAGAUGCGUAAACCCGUGGCUGAAAGACGAUCAGGAUCCGCCAAUCGCGGCACCAUUUCCACGACCGAAGAGGCAAUCGACGGAUUGGUGGAGUUUUUCACGAGCCUGAGUACACAAUACCCCGGAGCAGGUCAGCCGCACGAUGCGGGUUCAUCAAUUGGAUCUGGCUCAGAAUCUGCAACACAGGCCGGGCCUGGGCAUCAACAUGACAUUCAAGAAUUGGAGGACAUGGGGGCUUUGGCAAGAGACCUGAUUCGUCGGAUUCAGCGAUUGAGGGAACAAUUCCGGCCCGGGUCGUUGGCUGCCCUCGCCUUGCCAGACAUUCGAGUCGAAGAUGAGGACGGUCCUUCAGGUCCCCUCGUCUCCGACGAACAGGAAGCAGGCCCGGCUCAGGUGGGAAUGGGACAUCCACCGGAGGGCAAUGGGGUGAAUCUAGCCGAUGUUCCGGAGGUGAAUGAUGAAGAUGAGAAUGAGAAUGAACAGCUCGACGAGAGAGAAUCGAGCACAGACUGA